AUGGCUCCCAUCCAGUUCGGUAUUAUCAUGAUACCAUUUCAAAUGCUGGACGUCGCAGGACCCCUUGAUAUCCUAUCUAGCUCCUCGGCUCCUUACCUGAGGGGAUUCAACAAUCCCGACAUAGCUGACCGCGGUAUUGAUAUCGAAUUCCACCAUAUCGGCGAUGGACUGCACCCUCCUACGACCACCAUUUCUGCCUGUCCCAAGCUUGACUACCUCCUAAUCGGCGGGCCUUCGCCAGAUUAUACCAAAAACAUCCCACCAGCGAUAGCAAGCUUUGUGCGCGAACGUGUCAACGAAGUCAAGAUCGUAUUCACUACUUGCACCGGUGGAUUGUUUGCGUCCAUGUUGGGUCUCCUGGAUGGCCUGAACGCCACGACGAACCACGAAGCCAUCGCGAUUGCAAGGGAAUUUGCUCCCAAUGUCAAGUGGACGGCCGAAAAGAAUUGGAUCGUUGACGGCAAAUUUUGGACUGCUGGUGGUGCUUGCGCUGGUAUGGACAUGAUGGCUCAUUGGGUCAUGGAGAAUUACGACAGGGACAUUUUCGAAGCUGGAUUUGCAGCCCUUGCUUACGAGCCGCGUGACGUGGAUGGAAAGCAGAUUGUCUUAACAAAACAUGCCUCGAAGUGA